AGAUGUAUCCGGCAACAACUGCGUUUCUGCUAGUCAUUGUCAUAAUUCGAGUUUCAGCCAUACCACAUAAAAAUGGCUUCGGUAUUAUUAACGAAUUGGAGAAUAAUUCUAAUAUAAAUAACAAUUAUAACCAUUAUGACGACACAUCAAUGAAGGAUUCUAGACACACUGCCAAUAGCACCUUCGAUAAAAGUGACCACGCUAAUCCAAGAAAACAUCGAAAUAAUAGUAUUCAAAUAUGGAAAGACUACAAGUCCGGCCACGGCAUUUCAAGAAGUGCGUUGCUUAGGAACGAACAGGAAAUGUCUAAGUUGUUGCCAAGUCAACAAAACAAAUUUUACCAUUUUCAUCAUGGAAAACGUGACAAAUCCGAAGAGCUAUCACACAAAAGGAUACAAGAAACCUCAGCGCCGCUGCCAACUCAAGAUACUAUUGCUCAACAGUCGGUGUUAGUAAGGCUGCUGACAGACAAGAUAACGCUGACAUCGGGGCACAGACUGGCAAAGAACUGCAUGAACGCCUCGGAUAGCGUCCAAGUACCCUCCGUUGUCAAACUACUCAAUUACAUAGCAGAGCAGUACCUGUUCAACUGCAUAUCUGUGAUCCUUUAUGAUGACUUCUACGAGAAUCAGUUCCACCUCCUGCGAGCUCUCCUCAGCACAUACCCACUGGCUUUUUUCCACGGCAAGGUCGGCAAGCAAGGUCUGACCGACCCGCCAGACUCGAGGUGUAGGAACUUCUUACUCCUCGUCAGGGACCUCAAGACGACACAGGCAGUGGUGGGAGGGCGAAGCACCAGCAGGGUCAUCGUGGUGACGCAGGCUUCCAGGUGGCGCGUACGAGAGUUCUUGAGCUCCAGGCUGUCACACAACUUAGUGAACCUCCUGGUCAUCGGUAAACAGAGCCAGUCCAACUCUAUCAAGCAACAAAACAUAGACAUCAACCUGUACACACAUGACCUGUUUGUGAAUGGCCUGGGUUCGAGCUCCGUAUGGAUCCUGACUGCUUGGAGGUGUGGUGCCCUUACCCGCCCAACAGUUAACCUUUUCCCUGACAAGUUGCGUGCAGGCUUCAUGGGGCACCAGUUUGUGGUUGCUGCAGGUCACCAGCCACCAUUUGUGGUGAAAAGGGAGCAGUUCUUUGAUGGACAGCGUCUUGUCACCUCAUGGGAUGGGACAGAAAUCAGGCUUCUAUGGCUCAUGGCUAAGGUGCUAAAUUUUUCCUUCACUGUUGAAGAACCUAAGGAUGCACUCUUCUUGCCUGAAGCUUCUAGCGCUGUCGUGAAAGAGCUCCUGGCAGGUCGGGCCGACAUUGGAGUGGCUGGUAUUUAUACAACUCCAUCACGAGUAGCAGUACUCAUCACAUCAUCACCACACACACAGGACUGUGUGACUUUUAUGACACUCGCCUCUACUGCAUUGCCAAGGUAUCGUGCAAUAAUGGGACCAUUCCACUGGACGGUGUGGCUAGCUCUCACCCUGACUUACAUUCUCGCCAUCUUCCCCAUUGCAUUCUCCUACAACCAUUCACUGAAACACCUGCUGAAGGACCCCUGGCAGGUGGAGAACAUGUUUUGGUAUGUAUUUGGAACAUUCACCAACUGCUUCACAUUCAAGGGAGAGUGGAGUUGGAGCAAGUCUGACAAAGCAGCCACAAGGAUGCUUAUAGGUUCAUACUGGGUCUUCAGCAUUAUAAUAUCAGCAUGCUACACUGGCUGCAUCAUUGCCUUCAUCACUUUGGCAGUCUACCCAUCCUACGUGGAAAACUGUUAUGACGUGCUAGAUCGUGACUUCAGAGUUGGAACUCUCGGUCAUGGAGGAUGGCAAGAAUGGUUCAAUGACUCUGCUGACCCAGCCACCACCAAGCUCUUUGAGAAGAUGGAAUACCUGCCUGACCUUGAGUCCGCACUACAUAAUAUCACCAAGGCUUACUAUCGAGACUAUGCUUUCCUGGGAUCCUGGUCCCUCCUCGACUACAUCAUCCGAAUAAAUUACACAAAAAGGUCUGAAGGCAAGCGCUCAUACCUGCACUUGGGGACAGAUUGUUUUGUACCCUUCAAUGUAGUGUUCAUGUUCCCGGCCACGUCACCUCACAGCAAUGUGAUGAGUCAGAUGCUGCUGCGCAUCAUACAGAGUGGCCUCUUCAAGAAACUGAAGCGAGACAUGGAGUGGGACUUACAGCGUACAUCAUCAGGAAAACUGUUUGCGGCUUCUAGUGGACCAUCACUGCAAGCUACAAAAGCAGAGGAACGGCAGUUAACUCUAGAAGAUGUAACAGGAAUGUUUCUUCUGCUUGGUGCUGGAUUUGGAAUUGCAGCCUUUAUUCUUUUCAUUGAGGCUAUAGCCUGGAUAAUGAAGAAAAUCAAGAGAAAAUUCUUUCCUGAAAAAGAAUGUUAUAAAAAUUCUGCUCUUUUAAAUGAACAUGGUGACAUGACACAUAAAGAUAAAAACAAUGAGCAACAAGAAAGCCUGAUACAUGAUGAUACAGACCAGCCAGGAUUAAAAAAGAGACGUGUGUACAGCGCAGAUUCAAGAUUCAAGACAUAUGAGGACUCUGAUGACAGGUCUAAUGACAGACUGUCGUAUGUUAUCCCAAUGCAGUCAGCGACCAGUUUGCCAGCAACAUAUUCUAUAAAACUAAAGAACAGAAGAACUCAAACUCCUAGACCAAGCUACACUUUCACUGUAGAGAGAGAUGCAGAAAUGUUCAGAGAUGAAAUAUGAGAAGCCUUAAAUUAUACUAAAUGUGGGAAAUAUGAAGAAGCUAGUUGAAUGGAACCACAAUUCCAGACAGAGAAUGCAGAUGGAGCUGAAGCUCAGGAGCAAAGCUAUCCUAUGUCUGAAGGGGAAGCAUAUGGGAUUGACAGACAUGUUUGUAUAUGUUGAUGUUAUGCAGUGUACUCUACUUCAAAGUUUUUCUUCAACAAUCACUAGGUGCUUUACCAGGAUGGACAGGAAGGUCAGUUCAAUUGUGCUAUGGAUCUUCACAACCUUUAAUCUGCAUCUGUCAAGAAAACAACAAAAGCACCAACAACAAAACAUUACAGAGAAUUAUCUUACAUAUAAACACUUAUAUUCAUAUGAGAAAAUACACCUCCUUAAUGAGUCACUCACAUGACUGCCAACAACAUGUCUAUUCAAACACUCCAUCAGGGAUCGAACCCUGGUCAUCCAGUCCGUAGCCAGUCAUUAUACUGACUGAGCUACACCUGCUCAUACAAGUAUUUAAAAAUUGUGUUUACUUUUAAGAAAAAUAAUAUUUUUACUAAACCUUUUUUUGACUCUUUUAGUGAAGAAAAUGACUGCAAUAUGUUUACCAAUUCUCACAGCUGUCUGUAUAUUCUGCACAAGUUACUCCCUACUUUUCCAUACAAUGAAACUGCCAUGUCCACAGUAAAGAAAAGGUUAAAAAAUUAAAACAUGCUAAAGUAUGCA